CUCAAAAGAGCAUGGCGGGUUAACGACAUCUCACGUUGAUUCAGGCUGUAUUCUCGUUCAUUUCGGGGGGGCACGUGAGCGGGCGAGUCGGAUAGAGCGAGAGUGCACUGUCUCUUCAGGGGUUGGGACAACGGAAGCUCCAUUCAGUCUGCCCUCCUAAAUAGAUAGCCCCGAGUUUUGAAACAAAUACCAUUUACAAUUGUGUAAAUAUUGGAAACAUGACCCGGGCUCCUUUCAGAAUCAAUACGUUAGUUUGUGAUAGUCAUUUGGCUGGUUUGAGAAACGCCGAUCGUUGACUAAUGGUCCGGGACCUCUCUUCGCCGAUGGGGUAGGAGCUAGCUGGAUACGAAAACAGAGUGUCAACUCCGUGUUCAGUCAACUCCGUGAGCAAGGGACAAGCCUGUCCAAGCCUUCUGUGGUGAAAAGGUUCAGCAACCAAGUGCUGAACUAGCCUAUUCGACUUCAACAAUCCUCAUAUUUGACUGAAUUAUGUACCAGGUGCAGGGGAAAGGGGAAAGGGCUGUUGCCAUGGUGCUGAAGGAGCUUCCGGGUAAAAAGGCAUCCUCCGAAGGAAACCCCCUCCUCACCGUGACAACCAAGCUGGUCGGUGAGCAGCAAGAGAGCCGCCCGCUGCUGAGCCCCUCCAUCGACGACUUCCUGUCGGAGAGCCGCAUCGAUGGCCCUGUGGUCCGACCGGUCACCUCCAACACAGCAGUUCUAUCCUCGGCCCUCGACCUGGUGGACCUGAGCGAGCCCAGUGAACGCAGUAGCGGGAAGGUCAGCGUCAGCGUCAGGGAGCGUCCGAGCCCCUUGGAGCCCCGUAAGGGAAAUUCUAAAAACAGCCCACGGAGAGGGAAGAGACGCGAUGAGACGGAGCUCAUCCAGGUGGAGGUGGAGCGCUCAUCGAGCGCCCCACGAGCCCCCGAGAGGGUCUCCCUAGACUCAGUCAGUUCCUCUUCUCCUUUGGAGAAAUGGGAGGAAGUGAAUCUUCACCCUGAAGGUGCCCUGAAUGACAGCAGGAAGAGAAGAUACGAAAGGAAGUGCACCUCACACCACUCCUCCAGUGAAUUAAUAUGGUCAGCAGAGUUUAAAACAAAUCCAUCUGUGAAAAACUCAUUUGAAGUCAAUAGCAUUGAUGACGAGGACCACAUAUCAGCACUAAAGGACCCAGUACCCCAACAAGUGCGGCCCAGUCUCCGUCACCUCUUAGGCAGACAUCAUUCCCAGGAGGAGGAGUUUGUAAGAGCAAAGGCUGCUGUAGAGUCGGACACAGAGUUCUGGGAUAAGAUGCAGGCAGAAUGGGAGGAACUGGCUCGCAGGAAUUGGCUCGAGGAAGAAAAUGAAGGCCUGAUACCACCCAGCAUCUCUCCAAUUGAGAAGGGCUACUACUUUCACACCAACAACCCGUACAAAGAGUGGCCCAAUGCUUUUGAGGAAGGGCAGCAGAAGGCCAGAGAUGGUGACCUGAACAAUGCUGUCCUGCUACUGGAGGCGGCCAUUUUGCAGGACCCUUCGGACUCGGAGGCUUGGCAGGUUCUGGGCACCACACAGGCCGAGAAUGAGAAUGAGCAGGCGGCCAUCGUGUCACUCCAGAGGUGUCUAGACCUCCACCACAACAACUUGCCGGCCCUCAUGGCCCUGGCGGUGAGUUUGACCAACACAGGCAUGCAACAGGACGCUUGCAAGGCCCUGCACCGCUGGAUCUGCCACAACCCCCGUUAUAAACAUCUACUGCCAGGGAGCCGGAGCCCACUGCUGCAGGGGUCCCCCACCACACCGCGCAGGGGUCGUCCCCAUACGCCAACUUCUUGCACCCAGCUGGUGGAGGUCAAGGGGUUGUAUCAGGAGGCCGCCUUGCUGAAUACAGAUGGGGUGGACCCGGACCUCCAGACAGGCCUUGGUGUCCUGUUCAACCUCAGCUCCGAGUUUGACAAGGCUGUGGAGGCCUUCAACUCAGCCCUGUCUGUCAGACCUGAGGACUACCUGCUGUGGAACCGCCUGGGGGCCACACUGGCUAAUGGGGACCAUAGUGAGGAGGCAGUAGAGGCAUACACCCGGGCCCUGGAGCUCCAGCCGGGCUUCAUCAGGUCCCGCUACAACCUGGGCAUCAGCUGCAUCAACCUGGGAGCGCACAAGGAGGCAGCUAGUAACUUCCUGACUGCCCUUAACCAGCAGAGGCAGAGCCAGAGUCACCAAGUCAUGUCGGCUAACAUCUGGGCUGCCCUUCGGAUCGCCCUCUCCAUGAUGGACCGGCCCGAGCUCUUCCAGGCUGCGAACCUUGGAGACCUGGACCGUCUCAUGAAGGCCUUCGAAAUGGGGCGGGUUAUGUGACCAGGUUUAGUACAGUUCGCUAAUUGGCUAGAGGGUUGCCAGAUUAGUGACCAAGAAUGGCUUCUGUUAAUGUAAAGCUAAAUUAAUGUCUGACAGGAAGAGAGAUUAAUAUAAUUAAAGAUAGGAAAAAGAGGGGGGGAUUGUAGAAUAAUGGAGGUGUUCCAGGAUUUGAAAUGCCAUUAUAGUGGAAAUAUUGGAAGACCUGAACCAACUUGGGAAAUAUACACACUCUUUUAAUUUAGACUGGCCUCCAGCAGCUGAAAUUAGGCUACAAUAACGCAGCCAUAGAUCAAAAGUGGUCAUUUAUUCCCCAUUCGCUUUGGUAUGGCACUGUAUACAACUUCUGCUGUGUGGUCAGAUGUCAUCUAUUUUAAGUGGAUGGGAAGAUUGUUUUUAACCCUUUGAAACGGAUUUGCACCACUGCAAUGGGGUACUACUAUUCUUUUUUAUCCUCGAAGAGCACAACGUUGACUGAGAAAAGGAAAGACAGAGUCUGCUGUAAAAUAGAGGAAAAACAAGCCAUGCAUGCCCGGCAAUCACAUUGUGAAAGAACUGAAGCCUUAUACUAAGUGAAAUGAUAUCAAAUGCACAAGUCGUAAUCACUUUUAUAGACAGCAGGUACUGAUGGUCAAAUUGUGUGUAGUAGUAUAGACUAGAGUCCUCGUGUGUAUGUUUUUUUUCCCCGUUUUGUACAUACCUGUAUUUAUUUGGAAUAUCACUUCCAUGCAAUGCUCCAAGUACAGUAUGUAAUAUAUGACUGGUUGAUAGGCCGGAGAGUAAAUAAGCUCAUUUGGACAUACACACACGUUUGUCGGUACACGGACUGCCCCUGGAAGAACAACCAUUGUACCAUUUGGGGACUCUCUCUCUGUGUGUGUGUGUGUGUGUGUGUGUGUGUGUGUGUGUGUGUGUGUGUGUGUGUGUGUGUGUGUGUGUGUGUGUGUGUGUGUGUGUGUGUGUGUGUGUGUGUGUGUGUGUGUGUGUGUGUGUGUGUGUGUGUAGCUUGAUAUUAUUUCAACCACUCUACAGCAAUAAGUGUAGUGUUUUUCCCACAAUGCCCACUUACUACUCAAGUAGUAAGUACCCACACACACCUGCUUGCGACACCUGGUCCAUCUGUUUUCGCCACAUCAGUCACAUGAAAGGAUGUCUGCCUCUCAUCUCUACUAGCGUCUCGGUAGCAACUGGUGACGUUCAAACAGUGCUUUGUGAACCUGGCUUCAAAGUGUGGCAACAACCGCUGAAAAUGAAAUCUCUCUGAAGCAGCAGAGAGAAACAGCAGAAACAACAGCGAGGGAAAUGCACUCAAAAGAGCUGUUAAAACAAGUUAUACAAGUCAGUGUUUGAUGAGCUAUGAUUUCAAGCAUAAAUCAUCUGCUUUUUAAGAAGUUUUGUUUUUGACGAUAGAUUAUCCAGUUUACUCUUUCUUACCAGAAAAAAAAGACGUGGUGUUUAAAGUGAUUAUUGGUUUACGACUGAAUUGGUAGUGGGCAUGUGUGUUGAAUUGACAGUAAAAUCCCUAUGCAAUAUACAGUACAUUUGUAUAACAUUGACUGUUGUCUCAUAUUUGGUUCAAUUAACCAAACUCAUUGUUUCUUUGAACUUCUGUCCACAUGGAAAGGCUAAAGACAUUACGAUUAUUUGUUAAGCAUGUGUGUUAGUGCUAGGCUGGAACAAAAGCCUGUUCUCUGGAACUGGAGAACCCCGAUUUAAACUAACCAAUUCCCCAUUUCCUUAGAACUUACUUUUGGUCUUUUUACCUUCUCAGAUUCUCAAUAAUUUGAAUGUUGCACAUGGAAUUUGAGAAUGUUGGCUUGUGUAAUGUAGUAUAAUAAUAUUUAUUGACAUUGUACAGUACAUACAAAUGGAAACGUCACUACACAGUUUCCCCACUGUUUCUACACUGUAAAUAGAUUGCACUGUAUAAAUGAAAGUUACAGCCCAAUUAUAAAAUGGAUUAAUUAAAAACAAAAUGCUUAAUCUACACACAAUACCCCAUAAUGACAAAGCUCCAAAAAAGUUUUUUUACAUUUUAGCAAAUGUAUUAAAAAAUAAACAGAAAUAACUUAUUUACACAAGUAUUUAGACCCUUUCCUAUGAGACUCAAAAUUGAGCUCAGGUUUAUCCUGUUUCCAUUGAUCAUCCUUGAGAUGUUUCUACAACUUGGGAGUCCACCAAAGGUAAAUUCGGUUGAUUUGGACAUACUUUGGAAAGGCACACCUGUCUAUAUAAGGUCCCACAGUUGACAGUGCAUGUCAGAGCAAAAACCAAGCGAUGAGGUUGAAGGAAUUGGGGAAGGGUACCAAAAUAAUUCUAUGGCAUUGAAGGUUCCCAAAAACACAGUGGCCUCCAUCAUUCUUAAAUGGAAGAAGUUUGGAACCACCAAGGCUCUUCCUAGAGCUGGCAGCCCGGUCAAACUGAGUAAUCGAGGGAGAAGGGUCUUGGUCAGGGAGGUGGCCAAGAACCCGAUGGUCACUCUGACAGAGCACUUGAGUUCCUCUGUGGGAGAAACUUCGAGGGACAACCAUCUCUGCAGCACUCCACCAAUCAGGCCUUUUUGGCAGAGUGGCCAGACAGAAGCCACUCCUCAGUAAAAGGCACAUGACAGCCCAAUUGGAGUUUGCCAAAAGGCACCUAAAGACUCUCAGAUCGUGAGAAACAAGAUUCUCUGGUCUGAUGAAACCAAGAUUGAACUCUUUGGCCUGAAUGCCAAGGUUCACAUCUGGAGGAAACCUGGCACCAUCCCUACGGUGAAGCACGGUGGCGGAAGCAUCCUGCUGUGGGGAUGUUUUCCAGAGGCAGGGACCGGGAGACUAGUCAGGAUCGAGGCAAAGAUGAACGGAGCAAAGUACAGAGAGAUCCUUGAUGAAAACCUGCUCCAGAGGGUUCAGGACCUCGGACUGGGGCGAAGGUUCACAUUCCAAAAGGGCAACGACCCUAAGCACACAGCCAAGACAACGCAGGAGUGGCAUCGGAACAAGUCUCUGAAUGUCCCUGAGUGGCCCAGCCAGAGCCCGGACUUGAACCCAAUCGAACAUCUCUGGAGAGACCUGAAAAUAGUUGUGCAGCAACGCUCCCCAUCAAACCUGACAGAGCUUGAGAGGAUCUGCAGAGAAGAAUGGGAGAAACUCCCCAAAUAGAUGUGCCAAGCUUAUACCAUCAUACCAAAAAAGACUCGAUGCUGUAUUCACUGCCAAAGCUGCAUCAACAAAAUACUGAGUAAAGGGUCUGAAUACUUAUGUAAAUGUAAUAUUUCUGUAUUUUCUUUUAUAAAUGUGCAAAAUGUUCUAAAAAACACUGUUUGCUUUGUCGUCGUCAUGGGGUAUUGUGUGUAGAUGGAUGAGGUAUAAUUUUUUUACAUUUAAUUUAGAAUAAGGCUGUAACGUAGCAAAAUGUGGAAAAAGUCAAGGGGUCUGAAUACUUUCCGAAGGCACUGUACAUAAAAAACAAAACUUAUCAAAAAUUGUAUUUACAGGAUAAUACCAAUAUAUAUUUAAUGCAUUUCUCUAAGAACAACUAUUAGAUGAAUUAGCAACUGAAUAUAUUUUACUCACAAGCUACAGUUCAAAUACCACCUGUAACCAAAAGCACUUACUAAAUCUGCACUUGCAUAUUUGUGAUUAAAGGAAUAGUUUGCCCAAAUUACAAAAUAAGUUAGUAUACUUGCAUGAUAAGAAAACAACUAUGAGCCAGCCAUCACUAUGGAUAAUAUUCUCUCCUGGCCAAUAGAAACAUCUGAGCAUCUAUCUUUGUAAUUUGCGUUACUAUCCCUUUAAGCCAACUUAAUUAAAAAUAGCUGUACUGAUCAAUAUGCAAUAUGUUUUGCAUGUAAACAUGUUGUGAAGUCAUAUCCUUUGUAAGCAUGUACCCAUCAUUAGUUGUCACUUAGCUUUUCCAAAUGUUCAUGCCACUGUAUAGUAUACAGUAUUCCUGUAAAGAAAAAUGAAACACGGGUUUAUUGUCAAUAUUCAAAUACUAUUUUAGAAAUUAAAGUAUUGUUACAUAAGAUGAAUGCUAUUGUUUUUUUCUGGAUGUCUCACAGCUGCAACAUAUUUUCACUAAAUAAAGUCACAUAACAGUAUUAUUAUAGCCCAGUGACGCCCUUGUAUUGGAAUCAUUACCACACCCUGAUUUGAAAUUAAACAUACAGUACCAGUCAAAGGUUUAGAGACACCUACUCAUUCAUGGGUCUUUCUUUCUUUUUACUAUUUUCUACAUUGUAGAAUAAUAGUGAAGACAUCAAAACUAUGAAAUAACACAUAUGAAAUCAUGUAGUAACCAAAAAAGUGUUAGAUUCUUCAAAGUAGCCACCCUUUGCCUUGACAGCUUUGCACACUUGGUAUUCUCUUAACCAGUUUCACCUGGAAUGCUUUUCCAACAGUCUUGAAGGAGUUCCCACAUAUGCUGAGCACUUGUUGGCUGCUUUUCCUUCACUCUGUGGUCCAACUCAUCCCGAACUAUCUCAAUUGGGUUGAUGUUGGAUGAUUGUGGAGGCCAGGUCAUCUGAUGCAGCACUCCAUCACUCUUGUUCUUAGUCAAAUAGCCCUUACACAGUCUGGAGGUGUGUUGGGUCAUUGUCCUGUUGAAAAAUAAAUGAUAGUCCCACUAAGCGCAAACCAGAUGGGAUGGCGUGUUGCUGCAGAAUGCUGUGGAAUGCUGUUAAGUGUGCCUUGAAUUCUAAAUAAAUCACAGACAGUGUCACCAGCAAAGCACCAUCACACCUCCUCCUCCAUGCUUCACGGUGGGAACCACACAUGCGGGGAUCAUCUGUUCACCUACUCUGCAUCUCACAUAGACACGGCGGUUGGAACCAAAAAUCUCAAAUUUGGACUCUGACCAAAGACAGAUUUCCAUUCCUCGUGUUUCUUGGCCCUAGUAAGUUUCUUAUUUUUAACCCUUGUUAAAAUAGGAAAAUGAUGUGGAUAUAUUGAAGCAACAUCUCAAGACAUCAGUCAGGAAGUUAAAGCUUGGUUGCAAAUGACUCUUCCAAAUGGACAAUGACCCCAAGCAUACUUCCAAAGUUGUGGCAAAAUGGCUUAAGGACAACAAAGUCAAGGUAUUGGAGUGGCCAUCACAAAGCCCUGACCUCCAUCCUAUAAAAAAUGUGUGGGCAGACCUGAAAAGGCGUGUGGGAGCAAGGAGGCCUACAAACCUGACUCAGUUACACCAGCUCUGUCAGGAGGAAUGGGACAAAAUUCACCCAACUUAUUGUGGGAAGCUUGUGGAAAGGCUACCUGAAACGUUUGACCCAAGUUAAACUAUUAAAAGGAAAUGCUAUCAAAUACUAAUUGAGUGUAUGUAUACUUCUGACCCACUGGGAAUGUGAUGAAAGAAAUAAAAGCUGAAAUAAAUAAUU